UAUAUUUUAGCGAUAAAUCCGUGGUCACACUGCCGCCAAUUCAAUUGCAGUUUUUUCGCAACAAAUUUUAAAUUUAAUUAAUUAACUAGAACGCUAAUAAACAGUGAUAGCCAAGCUUCCCUGCAUUGUUUUCCACCGCUCGCUUGUUCGCAGCCAAAUUUCACCAAAGCUUCGGACUCGGGCAUCAUGACCGAAAAGUACGACGGUAAUGGCGACUUCUCCCCGUACAAUGAUAACGAAAACGAGUACAGUGGCAAGCCGCGCAAAAGUACUGGAGGCGGUGGGCCCGGUGCCCACAACGGUGACAGUUCCGCCCACGACCAUCAUGGAGGCGAUGGCAAUAGAAGUGUUCAGAUAAACGAGAAGGCCAAUGAGUACAUACGCGACUGCAUGGCCGAAAGGAAUCGCAUGGACCGAAAGUUUCCCAUUGGCGAGAAGCUUUUUGAUGGCGAGAUUGAAAAAGUCCAGACAACCGGGCGCAUACCGUCGCGGGAGCAGAAGUACGCGGACAUCUACCGGGAGAAGCCCCUUCGCAUAUCACAGCGCGUCCUAGUGCCAAUCAGAGAGCAUCCAAAGUUCAAUUUUGUUGGCAAACUUCUGGGACCCAAGGGCAACUCGCUGCGCCGCCUGCAGGAGGAGACGCUCUGCAAGAUGACAGUGCUGGGCCGUAAUUCUAUGCGGGAUCGCGUCAAGGAGGAGGAACUGCGCAACUCUAAGGAUCCCAAAUAUGCGCACCUCAACAGUGACCUGCACGUGGAGAUAUCAACGAUAGCCCCGCCAGCAGAGGCAUAUGCACGGAUCGCCUAUGCCAUGGCCGAGCUGAGGAAGUAUCUGAUACCCGACAGCAACGACAUCAUACGCCAGGAGCAGCUGCGCGAGCUAAUGGACAGCACCAGCCUCAAUGACAAUGACAACGCCAAGAGCGGCUACAAAAAGGCCCCCCACAUGCCCAGUGGCAACAAUCUGAUGAGCGGAGGUUCCGGAGGUCCCACUAACACCCCUGGCGGUCCCAAAAACACACCGCACCAUAAUUACAGGGGCUCACAGCAGUCGUCGUUCAGCAAAAAUGUGCUCGCCCCCAAGCAAAAGGUGAUGUCCAUACUGGAAAAGGCCAGAACGGCCAUGGAUGAGACAUAUGGAAGAGGCUAUGGCGAUGGCAUUGGCUAUGAUCCACAUCAGUCGUACGACAGCUACUCAUAUGGCUCACACGGCCACGGGCCGCCCACUAGUAUACUGGGCGGUGUGGGCAGCAUCAAUAGCGGGUGCGGGCGUGGUGGUGGUCACUACGAUAACACAGAUUAUGAGCCGGAGUACGGUCGGCGGGACUACUAUCAGCAUUCACCAAGCUAUACAGCAGGCGGGGGUGGCGGUGGCGGGGGAGGAGGCGGAGGCCAUGGCUCUGGGGGCGGUGGCUCACAAUCGAAUGCAAUUGGCAGCACUGGCCUCAGUUCCAACCACAAUCGCAGCCAUGCUAACAGGUGAAACUUACUGGGCUAUAGCAGUGCCGGCGGAGGUCGAGUGAGCGGCGCAACAAGUGCCACCAAUCCAGCAUCAGCAAACCACAAUUUGACGAUGAAAGCCCCAACCCCAAGCAGCCAUAACCACAGCAAGAACUUUACGCCAAGCCACGGAACUGAAGGCCAAAAUGCGGAGAACAGCACUCCCAACUACUUUUACCACGCCAGUGGUAGCUCCAAGCCAAAUCAGCAGCAACUUCAUCAGUUCCAACCAAAAUUCCCACCGCAGCUAUCAACCCACAACAACAUGAAUAACCACAACCCAAAAUCAUCAUCAACAAUCAACAACAACAACAAUAAUAAUACCAGCAACAACUUUCACCAGAGCAAUAGCAACAACGAUGUUUCGUUCUCAAUAUCCGCCUAUAUUCGUACACUCAACCAAAUAGAUUCCAUGCCUGGCCAAAAGAGUGCCAAUACCACCACAACCCAUGCCAAUGCCAAUGCCUAUACGAGAGCAAUGCCAACCGUUGGCAACAGCAGCAAAACUCACACAUUACACAGCAAAAAUAACAACAGAAACACCGCUACAAGCGCUACAGUGCCAGAUAUGCUAUUAGUAAGACCUGCUUAUCCUUCUUCGCUACAUAUUGGUACAUUUCCGUUCUUGCCAGUGCAGUUUUUCUGAUUUCAACAAUACAACAACUAUAUCAACAACAACAUCAACAUCAACAACUACAUCACAAAUACUUUGUACACUUAAAUGCAUAAGAUGAUAUAGGGAUGACGAGGGAGAAAUAUUUACAAAAUGGAAACAUACAAAACAUAUACAUACAUCUAUAUAUACUAUACAUAUAUAUAUAUACAUAAAUAUAUAAAUAUAUAUAUUGUCCGAUUUUUUAUCUAUAUUUACAAGACAUCUUCAAGAUAAUGGAAAGAUUACUUAGAGCUACAAUCGAUACGGCAGUUGAAUCAAUAAUUAGGUUCGCGGCCCAGCUCAAAGCUGGGAUAUUAUAACAGACAAAGCAAAUUCAACUGACGAAGCAAGACAAAGCUAUGUAUAGCGAUAGCCCUGGGGCUGAGGGUCCGGUCGGGUGGGGUCGGGUCGGGUCGAGACAAAAUCUAUGAGAUUAAAUAACUAAAUAAAUAUUAAUAUAUACAUAUAUACAAUACAUGAAUAUAUGAAAUAAUUACAGAGGGCACAUUUGAAAUCAUAAUUUUAUUUAUAUAUGCAUAUAUAUUUGACAAAAACUAACGAUAAAGAUAAAGAUACGGAUAAAGGUCAAGAUAAAGAUAAAGAAUAUAUAUAUAAACAUACAAAUUAUAAUAUUUACAUUAUUAAUUGAGAUCGCCUAGACUUACGGUGAGGACACAAGCAAACAACAACAAGAAACAAACGAUAAAAUACCUAAACGAAUUUAUGUAAUACACGACAUUUCAACAUAAAUUAAAUAUAUCGAAUACUAAAACGAAUACAAAUAACUAACGGAACACAUGAAUACACGUAAAAUAUGCGAAUAGUUAAGUUAUUCAGAGAUUGUGAAUACCAGGUCCAUAUACGGACAAUGCUGCAAAUGAUUACUUUAUUAAAACCCAAGAUACGACAACAAUAACAGAGUAAAAAGAAUACUUAAAGCCAAACGUAAAUCAUAAUGUAACGAAACCAUAAUGAAUACUCGAUUAAUUUAUACACAUAUGCGAAAUUAAAGUUAAACCGACAGCUAACUAAUACGAUA